UUCUCUUUGUCUCUUGGGUCUCGAGCUCUUCUCUCUCUCCUUGCUUUCUCUCUCCUCUCUGCGUGCUUGGAGAGAUGGUCUUCCAUUUGAAAAGCAUGGAAAAGGCGACAUUCAUUUGUUGAACAAGGUUCGAGUUUCUGUGACAACAUUUUGAAAGCCCAAAACCCUGCUACUAGUAAUAUCAGUGAUUGUCGUUUUUACUCCUGUCGUUUAUUCUGGGCAUGGCAAAUCCCUGCUCCUCUUUCUCUCUCUACCCCUUUCUCUCUCUUAACAGUUUCCAUGUCGGACCCAUUCUUUAUCUUGUCGUCUUGCUUUCCAUUUUUUUUGAAAAAUUAUUUUAUUUGUUUUGUGAAAGUUCAAAUUUUUAUGUAACCAAAUAAAAAAUGCUAAAAUUUCAAAAACAUCUCUGGAACUGCUUGGCAGGAAAAACACUUCUCCUGCAAAGCUGCUGUAAAACCCAUUAAUUUUUAUUCCGGUUCUGUUUAGUUGUGGGAGAUAUGGAGAUUUUGGGAAGUGAACCUUUUUUUUUUUACUGAGAGUUUUAUUUUCUUUGGGGACUUUGAAGCACUGGAAGUGUGGAUGCAUGCAGUGCAAGGAUAGCAGAUUCAUGAUUUGGAGGAUAAGAACCUUGAAUUCAUUGGUGAAAGAUGCCAACUUUCUCUGUGUAUGCUUGAAAAUUCACUGAGAAAAAAGUGAUCAGAAUAAAGGAAUGCAUGUAAUGGAUGUUAUGAAAAGCUUUGCUAUUGUAAUUUCAGUAAAUAGGCAGAAGAAAUUGUGUUUGUUUUGGUAUAAUUUGGUAAUUUGGGAAGAUGGGUUGUGCUGCAUCUAGGAUUGAUAAGGAAGAGAGGGUGAGGGUUUGCAAGGAGAGAAAGAAGCUAAUGAAACAUUUGGUAGGUUUUAGAGGUGAAUUUGCAGAGGCUCAGUUGGCUUAUGUAAGAUCAUUGAGAAACACUGGAGCAGCACUUAGACAAUUUACGGAGUCGGCGACGUUGGAGCUUGAUAGUACUGCUCCCUACGGCUUGGAAUUUCCAGCCUCAUCGCCUCCCCAUUUGCCUCCUUCCCCGCCACCACCACCACCUUUGAGCCCUGAUUUGAGAAAGUUGUAUGAUAGUUACACAGAAGAAGUAUGCAUUGAGCUUACUAAGGAUAAUAGCAACACUCCACCACCUCCUCCAGGCCCUAGCUCGUCGUGGGAGUCUUGGGACCUCUUUGGCCCUUCUUCACUGGAGCAUCAUAAACAUGAUGAAAUGGUGGAAACACUUGAGGAAAAAUGGGAAGAGGCCAACAUGGAAUUUGAGGAAGACGAACAGGAAGAGCAAACGGUUGCUAAUGCUGUGAAUUCGCCACCUAAGAAUCUGCAGCUUGCAGAACUCAUCGUGGAGGAUGUAUCAGUGAAGAAGCGGCAUACUUUGGACACUGCAGAUAUGCCCAUGGUACUACGGAGAUGCAAGAAGACCUUGGAGGGUAUAGCUACGGUGUUAGAUGAUUAUUUUCUGAAAUCAUCUGAUGGUUUAAAGGAAAUUGCUGUUCUUAUGGACAUCCAAGGAGGAGACACUUUUGAGCCACUCAGUACUAACGAAAGCAAAUGGAAGAGUUCCAAUUCCACAAAGGUCUUUAGUGCAUUCCCAUGGAGCUGGUCUUCUAGGUCGCUUCAAUUUCCUAAAGAUGCGGUUGAGUCUAGUGGUUCAAGUGAACCAUGCAGGCCAGGAGCUCAUUGCAUCACACUGAAAAAAUUAUAUGGUCACGAAAAGACACUUUACAAAGAAGUUAAGGAGGAAGAGUUUAUCAAAUUUGAGCAUGACAGAAAAACCAAAUUACUACAAAAACUAGAGGAUGAAAACAAUGACUGGACCAGGACUGAGAAAAUAAGGCUGAGCGUUGAGAGUUUGGAGUCUGAAAUCUUACGUCUUCAGCACUCAAUCAGCUCUACUUGUUCUUCUAUAGUGAAGCUCAUAGAUAAUGAGCUGUAUCCUCAGUUGGUCAAGCUAACUACCGGGCUUUUGCACUUGUGGAGAACAAUGUAUGAGUGUCACCGAGUUCAGCAUUCUAUCUCCCAGCAGUUGAAUACUCUUACUGAUAUCCAAAAGCUAGACUUGAGUAGCAACUACCACCGCCAAGCAACAAUUCAACUAGAAGCCGAGGUCUCUUGCUGGUACAACCACUUCUGCAAAGUCAUAAAAUCUCAACAAGAGUAUGUUAGAACCCUCUCCAGGUGGAUCCAACUUACCAACAGUCUUGUUGAUGAUGAUCGAAAGAGUCUCUACUCAUCUUCUAUUUGUUGGAUGUGUGAACAAUGGAAUCUUGCCUUUGAAAGAUUACAGGAUAAGGAGGCAGCAGAAGCCAUUAAGAGCCUUCUAUCAGCCAUCCGCUCAAUUUUCAUGCAGCAAGAAGAGGAGCACAAUCUGCAGAAAAAAUAUGAAAAACUUGACAAAAGGCUGCAAAAGGAGUUAUGUACAUUAGCUGAGAUGGAGGAAAAGAGCACUGCGGAAGAUGGGUGUUCCGGUUUAGGCCCUAAGCAUCCAUUGUCACUGAAGCGCGCCAAAACUGAAGCCUUAAAGAAGCAAGUGGACAGCGAGAAGGCUAAAUAUCUCAACUCGGUCCAGGUUAGUAAGGCCAUGACAUUGGAAGACCUGAAAACGAGCCUUCCUAAUGUAUUCCAAGCGUUAAUGACGUCUACAAGUCGCUAUGUCGAAGCCGUUGAGGCUGUUUGUGGGCACAUUAUAACAGCUGAUGGUUUUGAUUCCAAUUCUGAAACUGCACUGCGCCCAGCUUGAUAGAUUUAUAAUGGGGGGCUAGCAGGUUAUCGGCGUAGUUGAAAUUCCAAUUCUGAAACUAGGAAAUCAGCUAUGCAGCAUGUUUAGAGGAAACCGCAGCAGUGCAGAAAGAGAAAGGGACGUAAAUGCCUUUGCUGGUGUCAAUUCGCCGCCAAGAACAGUGAAUGAUGUUGGUGUCACAACAACUGGGAUGCUGUUCAGUAUAAAACUGUUAAACGGGCAAAACGGAGGCAGCUGGUCAGAGAAACUCUAAGAUUACGAAUGAGAUAGUCCUCAGAAAAUGUGUUAUCCACUAAAUCUAUCGACGCAGUUGUGCUUUAGACGUUGCCGAAAAAUUAGGGAGAAAAAAAACCUUUCAGGAUGAUUGUGUUGUGCAUUACAGAAGAUAGUAACUGUGCUUUAGGUGUUGUGCA